CACAAACCGUUACUCCAUACUCUAAGUAUGUAUAUGCGCUUGUCAUUUUUUUAAAAUAGCAAAUUCUCUCUUGUGCACCCCUCUCGGUUAGAGUUGCGAUGGUCCUUGUAGUAGCUUCCAACUCGCAGAGAGAGCGCAGUAACCAGCUGCAGGUCGUUUUGAUCGAGACAUUGGAGAGAGGAGGGAGAUAGACUUCUGUUGAGGUAGCCUGAAGAAUCAAGGAGAGCUCUCGUGCUUUGCGUGACAUUUAGAACAAGUUAGAAAAAACAUCAAAGGUUUCUAAAGGAUAGAACAGCCAUCUCAGCCCAUCCCUGUAGCCACAGGACCAUGUGCCAGUGAUGACUAGCUGUUGUAUCCCAGAGGCCCACCUUGGCAGUUAGAGGAAAGGCUCCGCCCCCAUCACCAUGACAGCAGCGUUGCCACGGAACGCUGCCCCCCUGUCUGUGCCUGGCCUGUUGCUCCUCCCCCUGCUUCUGCUGCCCCUCCCAAUCGCACUGUCCCAGAAACCCAUGCUGCCCUCCCCACCCGCACCCACGCCCGCCCCCCAGUACCUAUCCCGGCCGGAGUGUACCCGGAGAGAACACCCUGUGGUCACCUUCCAAGCCCUGAGUCCUUGGAUCACUAUAUUCUCCCACCCGGAUGUGAGAGACUACUCUCAACUGACCCUUGACCUGACCAGGAAUGAGUUGAUAGUGGGGGCAAGAAACUUCCUCUUCAGAUUGAGCCUCAACAAUGUGUCUCUCAUCCAGGUAAGCUGAGCUUCCAACCCACCUCGUCCUCUCCUCUCCCCUAUCCAUGUGUGUGUGUGUGGUCCACUGGUGGAUAACAACCCACGCUCAUCCGUCCGCAGCCAGUGUUCCUCUUUUACUGGGCUCCCAGACCUGCCUC